AUGCUUGAAGAGGGUGGAUUUAUCCGGAAGACAAGAACAAGGCGGAAGCGGAAGGUUGAUUACAAGGAAGAUAGUGAUGGAGAACUUGUUCGCAACGAUACAAGCGCUGACGAUAACUACAGCGAUCUGGGCAAGGAAGAAACCCCUGUGAUUAUAGAAUCAAGCGAUGAAAAGCCUAACCUCGAUAAACUUAUAGAGAUCAAGAGUGAGGAAGAGGAUGAGGACGAAGAUGAUCUCCCCUUGGCAAAACGGCGCAAAGCUGACGCCUCCCCGGCAAAAGGAGCUAAGAAGGGAGCCAAGGGGAAGAAAAAGAGUACUGCCAAGCCCAAAAAGCCCAAGACAACCCCUUAUGAGCGGAACACAGCCAGGCUUUUCGAGAACCACCCUUAUCUUAAAACAGUCUUUUCUGAUCUUUCCAACGCGCCUGCUUACAAAGCUCACAGGGCACCGCAGCCUGAAGGGCUCACUAUUAAGCUUCUUCCUUUUCAGCUUGAAGGACUUUACUGGCUGAUAGCUCAGGAACAGAGCAUAUAUAAUGGCGGUGUGUUGGCGGACGAGAUGGGAAUGGGUAAAACAAUACAGACAAUAGCGCUUUUGAUGAACGACGUCAGCAAGAAGCCAUCCCUAGUGGUUGCUCCAACGGUCGCACUGAUGCAGUGGAAAAAUGAGAUCGAACAACACACUGGGGGGAAGCUCAAGACGUAUAUAUACCAUGGAGCCAAUCGUACCAGUAAUGUUGGCGAGUUCAAGGACGUGGACGUAUUAUUAACCACGUACUCAGUUUUGGAAUCUGUAUUCCGGAAGCAAACUUACGGUUUCAGAAGGAAAAAUGGUGUCUACAAAGAGCGUUCCGUGCUACACAACAUGAACUUCUACCGCGUAAUCCUGGAUGAAGCCCACAAUAUCAAAGACCGGCAGAGUAAUACCGCCAAAGCGGUAAACAGUUUAAUUACUGAGAAGAAAUGGUGUCUAACAGGUACUCCACUCCAAAAUAGGAUCGGUGAAAUGUACUCUCUCAUCCGGUUUCUUAACAUUGAUCCAUUCUCUAAAUACUUCUGCACCAAGUGCAACUGUGAGUCCAGAGAAUGGAAAUUUACUGACCGCAUGCAUUGUGACGGGUGCGGGCAUGUGGUAAUGCAGCACACAAACUUCUUUAACCAUUUCGCAUUAAAGAACAUUCAAAAGCACGGUAUUGAGGGGCCUGGCCUCGAAUCCUUUCAAAACAUCCAGACUCUGCUCAAGAAUAUAAUGUUGAGAAGGACAAAAGUUGAAAGGGCAGACGAUUUGGGCUUGCCACCUAGAAUUGUAACGGUACGACGCGACUACUUCAACGAAGAAGAGAAGGACCUUUACCGAAGUCUGUAUACUGACGUUAAGAGGAAGUUCAAUUCGUAUGUGGAAGAAGGUGUGGUGCUUAACAAUUAUGCGAACAUUUUUACGCUGAUCACUCGAAUGAGACAGCUGGCGGAUCAUCCUGACCUUGUACUAAAGAGAAUGAAAAAUGGAAUCGGUGUCGAUGACAACGUCAUUGUGUGCCAGCUAUGUGACGAUGAGGCCGAAGAGCCCAUAGAGUCAAAGUGUCAUCACAAGUUUUGCCGGCUUUGCAUCAAGGAAUACAUAGAGUCUUUCAUGGAGAAUCUCGAAAAACUGACAUGUCCCGUCUGCCACAUAGCACUCAGCAUCGAUCUUUCCCAGCCCGCACUGGAAUUUGAUGACGCGGCGCAGAAGAAACAAAGUAUUGUCAAUAGGCUCAACAUUCAAGGAAGUUGGCGGUCUUCCACUAAGAUAGAAGCGCUCGUUGAAGAACUUUACAAUUUGAGAAGCGAUAGAAGGACUAUCAAAUCAAUUGUGUUUUCCCAAUUUACUAGUAUGCUGGACUUGGUGGAGUGGAGGCUCAAAAGGGCUGGUUUUCAAACCGUGAAGCUACAGGGUAGUAUGACCCCAACACAGCGCGAUCAAACAAUCAAAUAUUUUAUGGAAAAUACGCAUUGCGAGGUUUUCCUUGUGAGUUUAAAGGCAGGUGGUGUGGCGCUUAAUUUAUGUGAAGCCUCCCAAGUGUUUAUUAUGGAUCCAUGGUGGAAUCCUAGUGUCGAAUGGCAGAGUGGUGAUCGAGUGCAUAGAAUUGGGCAGUACAGACCGGUGAAGAUUACCAGGUUCUGUAUCGAGGAUAGCAUUGAGUCGAGAAUUAUUGAGCUGCAGGAAAAGAAAGCCAACAUGAUCCACGCAACGAUCAACCAAGACGAUGCUGCAAUCAACAGAUUAACGCCGGGCGACUUACAGUUUCUGUUCAAUAAUUAA